UUUUGUGGAAAUAAUCUGCUUUAUAUAAGAUAUCCAGGAGUUCAGUGUCACAUAUGUUGCCACAAAAUGUUAUAUUUCCACAUUUCAACCUUAUUCGCAGUACUGGUUACCAUUAGCAACUGCUAUGGGGAUGAAAGAAAAGGACGAGAAAAGGCUAAAAUAAUUUUCAAGGAAUGUCUUGAUGCAAAUGGAUUCACCGAAGAGAAGUUUUUGGCAUCGAAAAAGGAAUAUAUGAACCCUCAAAAACUUGGUGAUGCCCCGAAAGAGUUCCUCUGUGUAAAAAAAUGUAUUCAUGAGAAAAAAGGAUAUCUGAAAGAUGGUAAAAUUGAUAUGAGCGAAUAUAAAAAGCAUAUAACCUUCUUCAACUUUCUGAAAACUCCUGAAGAAUACCAGAAGUGCUUGGAACAGAUCGAUGUCAAAGAAUGCGAGGACUACAAAAAAAUUUGGAAAUGUGAAUUUGAUGUCGGAUCUAGCUACCUAAAGGAAUGUUCAUCAAAACUGAAACUCAACAACGACAACACAACACAAGCAUCAGAGGGUCGAACUCCUCGCAAUAAGAAGAAGUUUCAUUGUGUGCUAAAAUGCGCUCUGGAAAACAAAGGGGUUAUAAAUAAUGAUGGGAAAAUAUCAAUGAGUGAAGCAGCAAAGGAUAUGUUUAUCAUUUCCAAAGUGAAGGACAAGGACUCCUACUUUAAUUGUUUGAAAGGUUUAGAAAUCAAAGAAUGCGAUGAUAUUGCAAAAAUAUGGAAUUGCAAGAAAAAGCAAUCGUGAUUAGGUACUAAUGUUCUUUAUGGUAUAUCUUCUUCUACUUGAAUAUAUAAAUAUAUUGUA